AAAACAAGCGUUUAUGAGAAUCAGAAUUUACACGUUUCCUCCAAGCAGACAACAAGAAAACUUUGCUAAUAAUAUCGACAACAGACUCUAACCAUUAUGUCAGAAGAUAGUCACAUACCACACAUUUUGAACCUUAGUAACAGUAUUAUAGGUGUAACAGUGUUGGCCAUGCCAUUUUGUUAUAAAGAGUGUGGCAUUGUCUUAGGAACUAUUUUAUUAUUUUUCUGCUCAUGGCUAACAUUAUCCUCAUGUCAAAUGUUGAUGAAGGCAGGUUUGUCUUCUAAAAAAAGAUCCUAUGGAUACUUAGCUUAUUAUACUCAUGGUUCCCCAGGAAAAGUUGCUGUAGAAAUUGGUAUGAUAGGUCUACAGAUGGGAACCUUAGUAGCUCAGGUUGUAAUUAUUGGUGAUCUCGGGCCAGCAAUCAUAUCAAAAUUUACAGGAAUAGAGAAUAGCAGUAGUCUAAGGACCGGACUGAUAAUAUUAACAUGUCUAGGAGUAGGUCUACCUUUAGGACUACUGAGAAAUCUAAACUCCAUCAGUAAAGCUAGCACUCUUUGUAUUAUAUUUUAUGCUGUUUUUGUUGUUUAUAUUGUGACCUUAUCAUUGCCAAAUCUAUUAGCAGCUAACUGGUACUCCAAAGUAUAUCUAUGGAAGACCGAUGGAUUGUUUAAAUGUUUACCCAUAUUUUCUUUUGCUUUUGGAUGUCAAACGCAGCUGUUUAUAUUGUAUGAUUCCUUGGUGGAUCCUUCACUGACAGGAAUGAACUCUAUUGUUGGCAGUGCUGUUAAUAUGUGUACUUGUGCUUAUUUACUUGUUGGAUUUUUUGGUUAUGUUUGUUUUUGUGAUACAGAUAUUACUGGUGAUAUUAUUAACCACCUACCAUUGACGAUUGUGUCUGACCUACUUAAAUUAGGAUUUGUCAUAUCCAUUGCUAUAACAUUUCCUCUCAUCAUAUUUCCAUGUAGAGCUAGCUUAUAUACACUCCUCUUUCCACAAAGACAAAAGAUUGGAGAAGAAUUGGAACAGAGACCAGUCCUACCAGAGAUACAUUUCAAAGUACUAACAGUACUAAUAGUCAUGUCUGCUGUUAUCACAGGCAUAUUGGUUCCUAAUGUGGAGUUUGUUUUAGCAAUAAGUGGUGCUACGAUGGGAACCUUAAUUUGUUACAUAUUUCCUGCCAUGUUUUUCCUGCGUGUGAUGACUGGAUCAUCAGAAGGCAAAAAUCUGGCACAGUUUGUAUUUGUGUGUGGUUUUACUAUCAUGCUCUUAUGUACAUACACAACCUUGAACUCACAAGACAAAGGUCAUGUGAUACAGCCCCCAGCAGAGAUACUGAAUCCAACGCCAACCUUACCUAUACUAAAACGACAAGCCCCAUCUCUUCCCACCCUGGGGAAGAAAACACCCUUAGCAGAUCCAAUAAAGGAGAGCAGAAUUGAGCCACCAAAUCCUAGAGCUCCUAUUGAGAAUAAAAGUGAGGACGAGAAGAUACUUGAUAGACAGAAGUUAAACAUAAGCAUGAAAGACAAAAAAGAAGAAAAAGUUGUUAAUACAUUAACCAAAAUCAAAGAUCGACAGAAGUUAGGAGAGAAAGGCAAACAAAUAGAAGACAUAAAACAGAGUGCUGAAAUAGUCAAUAAGAUUAAUAAAACUGAAGACGUUAAAAAAAAAGAAUCUGUAAAAUUGGAUACAAAGAAGGAGGAAGAAGAAAAUAAAUUAUUGAAUGAAUUAAAGAAACAGCAUGAAGAACAACAGCGAUUGAUUGAUGAACAGAAGAAAAUUCUGGCAGAACUGAAAGAACACAAAGAAGUAGACCAUAAAGCAAAUAUUGAGAAACAACAGAGUGUUCAGAAACAAGCUCCAGCAGAUGGUAGGCAACAAGUUCAAGAAGAACAGCAACAACAGUUGCCUAAAGAACAGGUCCCAAUAGACAAUCAACAACAAGUUCUAGUAAACAGAAAUCAACAUUUGCCACAGUUACAGGUCCCAGUAAACAACCAACAACAGUUGCCACAGCAACAGGUCCCAGAAGAGGGACAGCAACAAGUGGGAGGAGAACAAAAUGUUGAAAAACAAGAAGUAGAAAAACAAAUAAAUCUUCCUGUCAGGGAAAGUUCUAAUAAGGGUCAGCAUCAAAAAGUUGUUGAACAAAAUAUGGAUGACAAUUUACGAUUUAAAAGAGACAUUCCCAACAUAAAUUAUUUAAAAGGAGUAAAAGAAAAUACAAAAGAAAACGCAAAAACAGACAAUACUAAAAAAGGUGCUCAAAAAUUGAAAGACAUAAAUAAAGACGUUAAUGAUGAGAUGAAGAGAAGACUUUUAAGUGAAAAUAAUCCACAAGAUAACAUUGAAAAGUCAAGAUAAUAAUUACAGAAGAUGUAGUUAUUAAAUUGGUUUAUGUUCUUUUUAUUUACAGUAAUAAUGCAUAUGAAAAAUUUGUGUUCUAACAAAUCAAAAUUACAGCACAUUUGUGUCAUCUGAAAUUUAAUAUGUCCUACCUACAAAAUUAUAAUAGUAACACCUGUUUCAUGUAUGAAAUAAAAUGUAUUUUAAUUAUCACAUUUAUAUUGUGUAAUGUGAACUCUUUAACCACAUCAACAUGUUGUAUUUUUUUGAACAGAAAAUAGAAAAAAAGAGGUUUUUUUCUGAAAAUGCAAUAAUUAGUUUAUUUGAGUAGUCAUUAGUUUGAAACAUUGAAAUGUCAUUUCGAUGAACAUUUAAAUCUGUUUUCUUUCCAUAGUCUUAUCUUGCUUUUUUCUUUACAAUUUUUCAGCAAUUUGAUUGAAAUUUACAGUCAAAGUUAAGUUAUAGCAAUUAAUUAACAGCAUAUUGACUAAAAAUGGAAUAAUCUUUCUAAAUAGGAUUUUCUAAUCAGUCUUGGAUUUUUGUGAUAUAUAUCUAUAUGUGUCUUAUCCAUACAAGGUCACUGUAAGCCAAGUGCAAAAUGUUUUACUUACAAGUAGUGUUCAAUUUCAUUUUAAAUUUGUGAUGUUAGGAGUUUACCGAGUGUCUUCCGCAACAAUUAUAUUCAAAUACUAUCAAUUUACUAAUGUCCAAGACAUUCUAAAGAGAAAAAACACAAACAAAAGUGUGGCAAUGAUCUAUUCACUCAAUUCUCAUCAUCAUGUUUUUCUUAGACAAUUUUCUUUCUUUCAUUCUUUUUUUUUCUUCUUUCAGUAUUAUAGUAUUAUCUGUGAUAAAAGUUUAUCUUGAAAGAGAAUUUUCAUAGACACAUGUUAUCAUGUUUUGAGAAAAACAAUGCUUUAAAGUCAUAUGAAAAGAGUGACUGGUGAAAAAUAAUAUUUAUCUAAUUCUUGAACCAAUGCAUGUAUAUAUCAUAACCUUAGUCCUCUGUGCACGAUUUUAUCAUUUUUUACGCAAAUAUAUCAUAUAAUAGUCAAUUAUUUUUCUCCCCAUCUGUUAUGAAUUACCAAAAUGGCUGCUCAUUAAAUGCUGUGUUUUGAAGCCGAAUUUUACCAAUUGUCACCUUAUAGUAUACAGUCAACAAAAAACAUGGGUAUUGAGCACAUGUUUAACAUGUGCAAUCAGAUAAUUGUUUAUUUUAAUGACAGAUUCAUGUGUACUGUGAUCACCAGGUUUUUAAGAGGAGGGUCACGCUAAGGUCACUAUGCAUACGGAAAAUAUGUCAGCGAAAUGCUUCCUGCAAGCAAUUAAAGAUAAGUAAACAUCUUUUAAAUUUGGACAAAUUAAAGAAUUUUCAUCAGAAAAAAGUACAUGUACAUAAGUUGUAUAAUGAAACCUAUCCACUAAGUUAUAAAAAACAUAUGCAUUUUUAGCUCACCUGGCCCGAAGAGCCAAGUGAGCUUUUCUCAUCACUUGGCGUCUGUCGUCUGUCGUCGUCCGUCGUCGUCGUCCUGCGUCCGGCGUUAACUUUUACAAAAAUCUUCUUCUCUGAAACUACUAGGCCAAAUUUAACCAAACUUGGCCACAAUCAUCAUUGAGGUAUCUAGUUUGAAAAUUGUGUCCGGUGACCUUGCCAACCAACCAAGAUGGCCGCCAUGGCUAAAAAUAGAACAUAGGGGUAAAAUGCAGUUUUUGGCUUAUAACUCAAAAACCAAAGCAUUUAGAGCAAAUCUGACAUGGGGUAAAAUUGUUUAUCAGGUUAAGAUCUAUCUGCCUUGAAAUUUUCAGAUGAAUCUGACAUUCCGUUGUUAGGUUGCUAAAUUUAAGGAAAUGUUUUUGGUUAUUAUCUUGAAUAUUAUUAUAGAUAGAGAAAAACUGUAAACAGCAAUAAUGUUCAGCAAAGUAAGAUCUACAAAUAAGUCAACAUGACCAAAAUGGUCAGUUGACCACUGUAGGAGUUAUUGCCCUUUAUAGUCAAUUUUUAACCAUUUUACGUAAAUCUUAGUUAUCUUUUAGAAAAAUCUUCUCCUCUGAAACUACUAGGCCAAAUUAAUUGAAACUUGGCCACAAUCAUCUUUGGGGUAUCUAGUAUAAAAAUUGUGUCCGGUAACUUGGCCAACCAACCAAGAUGGCGGCCAUGGCUAAAAAUAGAACAUGGGAGUAAAAUGCAGUUUUUGGCUUAUAACCCAAAAAACAAAGCAUUAAGAGCAAAUCUAACAGAGUUGAAAUUGUUGAUCAGGUCAAGAUCUAUCUGCCCAGGAAUUUUCAGAUGAAUUGGAUCAUCGGUUGUUAGGUUGCUGCCCCUAAAUUGGUAAUUUUGAGGAAAUUUUGCUGUUUUUUUGUUAUUAUCUUGAAUAUUAUUAUAGAUAGAGAUAAACUGUAAACAGCAAUAAUGUACAGUAAAGUAAGAACUAAAAAUGAGUCAACAUGACCAAAAUAGUCAAUUGACCCCCCUGAGGAGUUAUUGCCCUUCAUAGUCAUUUUUUAACAAUUUUCACAAAAUUUGUAGAUUUUCACUAACAUUUUCCACAGAAACUACUGUUAUAGAUAGAGAUAAUUGUAAGCAGCAAAAAUGUUUAGUAAAGUAAGAUCUUCAAACACAUCACCAUCACCAAAACACAAUUUUGUCAUGAAUUCAUUUGUGUACAAUGUUUAAUAUUAACAUGGACCAAGGUGAGCGACACAGGCUCUUUAGAGCCUCUAGUUUUUUUAAUUUAAGGUUUCAUAUGACUUUAAACCAGGGUUUCCCCUGGGUCAUUUAUUUUUUUCGCCACCUCUUUCGCUAAAACAAUAUAUUUUUCGCCACUUUAUUAUUUUUUUCGCCAAGUAACACAAAUAUAUUUUUCUUUUAAAUUUUCCUUUUUUCAAGCCCCCCCCCUUAAAUAAGAGGUGGUUUUUACAACAAAACAAAGCAUCUUAUCACUUGGAAUUGAUCCCUUGUGUAAGGUGUAGUCAUUACAUUGAAGGGUUACUCUCAUGCCAGUUGUUGACCUUUUGAAUUGAUUUCUUCAUAACAAGUUUUCUUUUCUAGACCAUCGUAAAUUAGUAAAACUUUGGAGUACCCACUCAAAUCAAUGAUCUAUAUGAAAGUUAAAUGAUAAAGUUUUAAAUCAGAGACCUUUCUUGCUUUUGAACAUUUUUCGUCAUAACAACAAUUUUCUUUUCUGGACUAUCAUUAAAUUAAGGAGAGGAACUUAGUAAGCGUAAACAUUUUGCUUCAAACACGUGCGUCGCAAAGUGGUUAAUAAAUCCCUUUUGUGACAUGUAACAGAAGCCAUUUAAUCAUAUCAUUUUGUCUUAUCAUACAAUCAACACCUUUAUUUUAAUUAGUUCUUUGAUGUCAAUAGCUAUAAAUGCAAUCAGCUGAUUAUUGAUGUUCUGUCAAAAUCUUAACAAGUUUAAGGUGAAUUCCGAGUAUUGUCUGAUCGGUAAAGUCAGAGAAACCUGAAAAAAGUAAAUAAACAAGAUGGCUGAAAAUAAAUCGUUAUAUAUUUCUUUUGCCAAAUUCUUUCGCCAAUGAUGAAUUUUAAUCGCCACAAUUAUUAUUUUUUCGCAAAUUGCGAAAAUGGCGACCGCCAGCGGAAACCCUGCUUUAAACAUAUUAUGGAUGUCCAGUAAAUCAAGAACUUAAACGAAAUGAUCUAUGAAUCAUUCAUUUGUCAUUUAUGAUUAGAAUUUGUUUUAUUACACUCUACUAAUGCAAAAUGUUUAUUUUCAUCUUGUUUUUUUUUUUAAGUUGCUUCUAGAAACAAUUAUGGAAAAGAAACAAUUAUGGAAAAGAAAUAAUCAUACGCAAUUGUGCACACAAUGAUUUUUUUCUACAAAAAACAUAUUUUUCUUUUGAAAUGACGCUAUUCAAAUUGUCUUCAAAAUGAAAUUACGCAAAAAAAAUUCUGUGAAAGAAUCUCAGCUUGCCAUCAUAUGCAGGUGGGGAAUACCCAAUUGGUAUUAAAUACCACAGUAAUGAACAUACACUAUAGAGAAAAAAUACAUCCUCCUUAGGAAAUAUAUAGAAUUUACAAUGACAUUGUAACUAAUGUGCCAUAGCUUUGUACCUGGAUGUUUCUGUGAAGCUUUUAUUUUUAUUGUUUAAAAAUAAAAUCUAUGAUGAUGCUAAAUUUUGUGUAGUCUGUAUUUUAAGAAUGACUUGCAGAUAUAAUGUGAGGUAGAAGUUUUUCAACCUAGGGAAUCUUUUGAAUCAUUUUUCAAAUCAUGGUAAGGCCAUAGUUAUUAUAUUUUUAGUUUUACGAAAUUUUUUGACAAAACCAAUGGGUAGGAGGACGAAAAAAAAACCAAAAAAAAAACUGCUGCUGCUGAUUUUUUUUUUAAUACCAACGUCAAUAUCAAAAUCAUUUUUUUAUAUUUCACCAGGAGAUUUUCUACUAGUGUAACAACUAUUUUUUCUUUUCUUGACAAGGUUUGAAUUGAAAAUCAAUGUGCAACAACUUACUAAAUCACCAAGAGCAUAAAUUUAGAUUCUUUCAUGCAGUUAUGAACUAAAAUUUAUUUUUUUUGCAUGAAAAACACUGGGUCGGAGGAGAAAAAAAAAUAAAAAUCCACCUUUUUCAAUUUUAUUUUUUUUCCUAUUUGGCAAAAAUUAGGGUAGGAGGGUUCGUAAAACUAAAAAUAAAAAAACUACGGCCUAAUAAUGCUUGGGUCAAUACUUAAUUUGUAUAUAAAAUUAUUAAUAUUGGUAGUGUUCUAAUGAUUAGCUGUGAAGUGUGAAUUUUAACCUCCAAUAGCUUGUUUAAAAAAAAUAUAGGUUUUAUUUUCAGGGAGUAAUGUACUUUCAAAGAAGCAUAUACAUAUUUACAUUCAUAGACAUUUUGUAUAUUUUUGUGUAGUUUAAUUGUUUGUAACCAUUAAUAUUUGAUUGUGCACUUGAGUCUUCAUAAUGAGUGUUUUUUAUCUUCAAACAGAAAACUUACUUUCCACUUAAUAUCAAGCUUAAAUCCGGAGAUUUUAAGAAUUGAAUGCUUAUUUUUGUAAAUUCAUUAGGGUGUAAAAGCGUUGACCGAAGUACAUUUUGUAUGAAGCUAGGAAGCGCUUCAUUCUAAAAAUGUGUGCCAGGUCAACGCUUUUACAACCCUUUGAUGUUACAAAAAGAAGUAUUCAAUACUUAUAAUUACAUUUUUUUAGCUAUGAUCAUGAAAACACGAAUUUUAUAAUUGGGCCAUAAUAAAUAAUAGGUUUGUUUGCCCAAAGGCUACCUUCCCAGAAAAAAGCUGCCUACUCAAAUUCUUUUAUUGUCCUGAUUUGAAGAAGUUUUUUUUAAUCAAAUAGGCAAGAAUACUAAUAAACAUCCGAUACUUCAAUUUCUUUUUUUGGAAAAAAAAGAAAAUGCCUACCUACCUACCCACUCUCUCAACCUUUGGGUAGGGUUUGGGCAAACCAAAAUGUUUUUAAGUGUGGCCUUGUUUUAUUUAAUUCACCUGUGCACUUUUUUGUGGGACCACGUGUUAUCAUAAAUGAAAAGUUUUUUUGAGUAAUGCAAUUGCUUACGGAAUAACAUGUGAUGUGCAGUUAGCCAAUCAGAAUAAAGUAUUAUAAUGAAAAAAUACAUCUAAUGUAAUUAUAAUAAAAUAUAAGCAUUGAAUUUUAAUAUUUAUAUAAGCUUCUUUCCAGGAUUUACACAUUCAGUUAUUACUUAAACAUGUUCUGCUAUGUGCUAUUCACUUCAGAUUAACAGUAUAUAAGUAAUAUUUUCUGCUAUACAUAACCUUUGUACAAAUCAUCAACUUAAAAUAAAUUGUUUCGAUCUUUCGAUAGCUGAGACAUUUUUAUGGGUGUGUACAUGUGAGUUUCAAAUUUUGUUGUAAUUUGUCAACCUUUAAAACUGUCUGAAGCGUCUUCUGUGAGGAUGAAGUUCUUGUUAAAAUACUCAUUGAGAAUCAUUUGUAGAUUUUGAUGUAGUAUAUUUUUAAUAAGUUCACCUUUGAAAGCUAAUUAGCUAGUAUUGCGUUUACAGGAACAUUAUACCACUGUCUAAUUAGUCUAGCAUGUAUGCCACAUACCAAUAUAGUACUGUGGAUUCAUUUAUUUUUCGGGGAUUGAGGAAAACUUGCAUAUUAGUGGAUAUUUAAUUUCGUAAUAAGCAAUGUCUGCAUACAUUUUUUUUGAAAAUUUGUCAUUCAUUGAAUAUUCAAAUUUGUAGUUGCCCUGUUUCCAUGAAAAUUAGUAUUUAGCGAAUAAUUAUGAAUCAACAGUAUACAUCCAGAUAUACCACCUUCUAGACAUUUGAUAUAAUAUGAACCAUAGUUGAGUGAGUUAUGGGAGACUAGGGUACUUUACUUCUUUGUUUAGUAAUCUACAGUUAUCCUUUCUAUGUUAAUAGCAUCUGUAUGAGGGUUGCAAUGACAAAUAAUGGUAAAAAAAUCUUGCCGAAUAUAAAUGGUAAAAAAUCUUGCCAAUGAAGUUAACGGUGAUUUUUGGUGCAUAACAAUAAAAUGUACACUUUCUUGAAGACAAUGAAAAAAUCUUCUGAUUUUAUUAUGACAAUUGAUGCUUAAUUUUGUACGAAAAAUAAAGGUAACAAUAAUUAUUUUAGACCUCUGAAGAAUCACAAUUGGGAUACUAUGACAAAUCAAGAUAAAAUUUUAGCUAAUUUGAUGCUUAUGGUGGCCACAAAUUACCAUUUGAAGCUUGACGGUAUAGGACAUUCCUAAACUGCUGUAUGCUGAGAUUGUUUCUCUUGAUCUCUUUAGUAUUUUUGGAAGCUCAUCUUGAUACCUCAUAUGAUUGGGUCAAAAUAUGAUGGUCAUUGAUACAUAAACAGAAGAUAAAUUAGUCAAAUUAUUCAGAAUGUCAAUUAUAUGAAUAUAUGUAUAUUUUAAUUUCUCUUAUGGUUGGGGCCUGUUAUCUAUUUCUCGCAUGAAUAGAUAAUUCUCGUAUCACACUGUCCGGAGUGUGAUACGAAAAAGUGAUACGAAAAAUGCGUUAAUUUGAUUGGCCAACGAAACCUCCUGAAACGAUAUUGCGGCAUUUUCAUUGGCUAUUCUUUAGGUCAUUGUUGACAGUUAAAGGUCACAAUGAUGUACAUUUCCUCCAUUGCAACGGAGAUAAGCGAUUUCUUCAAUAAUAUAGAAAAUACGCACACUUUUCACCUUAUUAUAUAUUCUUAUUCAAAUAUUAUUACAUUCUGAAGCGUACAAAAUGUUUAAAAAAGUUUUAUGUUGAAGAUUGACGACGAACAGGACAUAUGACGUCACAAUGCAGUUAUGUUCAAGCGACUGGGUCGACGUUUCGCGGAUUUUUUUUAUUAAGCACAAAAAGCAUGUUUACCAUAAGAGAAAUAGGUUUCACAACUCGGGAGAAUUAGAUAUCGUUUGAUAUCAACUCUCUUUAUUUAAUUUAAAUAGUAAUAACAAACUCGCCACAGGCUCGUUUAUUAUUAUAUUGAAAUUAAAUAACUCGAGUUGAUAUCAAGCGAUAUCUAAUUCUCACUCGUUAUGAAACCUAUAAUUAAAGCAGAUAUGUCAGUAUAAAUGUACAAAAAUGUAUAUGUGUGUUUGAGAUUAAACAUGCACAAUUAGGAAAAUUCGAUAUACACUCUUACCUGUAAAGAUAUUUUACUCUCAUUAACAUAUUUGUAGAACACAUCUUUAAGAGAAUUAUGUCCAUGGGCAUAAUAAUAGUGUGGAUCAUAAUAAUUGUAUUUGAUAGGUUAUAAUUUUUUUAAAUUGAAUUCAAGGGCCAAUGUGGGGUUUUUGAACCUUUUUUUCCUCAUGUAUGUCAAUUUAGAUAAGUAUUCUACUAGUGCUUACUGUUUUUUGUUAUAUAUAAUUUGUUAAACAAAUUCUACCUGUUAAAAACUCUCUGGUUUUAAUCAAAUUGAUAGGCUGUGUAUGAUUUCAUGUCUUUUUGUUAUCUUAUAAAGUGCAAUUAUUGUGAAAAUCAUCUCAUAUGUCUAUUUUUAUUAAAAUAUUAAAAAUGA